GUUAGAAUUCCAGAAGUUUAAUUUGCGCGGGAAAUUCGCGUUCUAAUUUUGAAUUUUGGCGCAGUAUUCGACUGGUGCAAUGUAAAUAAAAAGUUGGUGCACCAAAGAGGUUUAUAGUGACAUUUUUAUGAGUUCCUGGAUGCAAGGUCGGAAUAUGAGUUUAAAAAGAGCCGAUUCAACAACCACGGAUGGUGGUCGAGAGAAGAACAUGAGUAGGCUCAACGGUUUCUUAAAUCUGAAGACUCCCUUGAUAAGUACGAAGACUUUAGGAGCGCAACUUGAGACAACAUCAACCAGCUCGCCGCAAGCGAAGUCCCCCGCCGGCAGCAGCGCCGGAGCAGUCGCAGGCGCGUCCACCACGCAGGGCGAACGAACGCCAACUGCCCACAACAAGCAGCUCCAGAAUGUCAAACAGGAGCACCAACCGCACCCAUCUAUGGCGUUCCUGCAGAACCGCUCGAUAUCGCUCGUGGACAUGUACAUAGACAACUCGGAGCCAUCAGAGAACGUCGGCCAGAUACACUUCUCGCUUGAGUACGACUUCCAGAACACGACGCUCAUCUUGAAAAUCAUACAGGGGAAGGACCUACCAGCUAAGGAUCUAAGCGGAACAUCAGACCCCUACGUACGAGUGACGCUACUGCCAGACAAGAAACACCGUCUGGAGACGAAGAUCAAACGUCGGACCCUAAACCCGAGGUGGAACGAAACGUUUUACUUCGAAGGGUUUCCCAUACAGAAGCUGCAGGCUAGGGUUCUACAUCUCCACGUCUUCGACUAUGAUCGUUUUUCACGCGACGACUCUAUCGGGGAAGUGUUCUUACCUCUGUGUCAAGUGGACCUCAGUGAGAAGCCAUCCUUCUGGAAGGCUCUGAAGCCCCCCGCUAAGGACAAGUGUGGGGAACUGCUGACGUCACUCUGCUAUCAUCCCAGUAAUAGUGUGCUAACACUAGCACUGCUUAAAGCGAGGAAUUUGAAGGCGAAGGAUAUUAACGGGAAGUCUGAUCCGUACGUAAAAGUAUGGCUCCAAUUCGGCGACAAACGAAUCGAGAAGCGCAAGACAGCGGUUUUCAAAUGUACCCUAAACCCAGUAUUCAACGAUUCCUUCUCUUUCAACGUGCCCUGGGAAAAGAUAAGGGAAUGUUCCCUGGAUGUUCAGGUUAUGGACUUCGAUAAUAUUGGCAGGAACGAGCUAAUCGGACGGAUAUUGUUGGCUGGUAAAAAUGGCUCCGGGGCCACCGAGACCAAACACUGGCAGGACAUGAUAACCAAACCGCGGCAGACCAUCGUUCAGUGGCACCGCCUGAAACCGGAAUAAUUUACGUCACAACUAUUACGUCACACGUGACGUCACGUCACAACUAUUACGUCACACGUGACAUUACGUCAUAAGACUGAACGGUUCUGGGGAUACGCUUUCGAUAGUCGGAGUGGAUGUGCCAAAUGAUUAUGUUUUAGUUUUAUGUUUGACUAGUUUCAAAGAAAAACUCGCAUAGUUCCCGUUCCCGUGGAAUUUCCGGGAUAAAACCUAUCCUAUAUUACUCGUGGAUAAUGUAGCUUUCGAAUGGUGAAAGAAUUUUUAAAAUCGGUCCAGUAGUUUAUGAGCCUAUUCAUUACAAUCAAACAAAGUUUUCCUCUUUAUAAUAUUAGUGUAGAGGUAGAUGGGUUAGGUUCUUGUUGAUUCGGUUGAAACUUGAAAGUGUCUGGUUGUCAGAAUAGAUUUAUUUCUCGCUAAAUUUGUUUAUUAUGGCUAGGUUCUGUUUGAUUAGCUUGAAAGUGUCUGGUUAUUAGAAUUGAUUAUUGUCCUUUUUUUCUUGUUAAAAAUGUUUGAUAUGGUUAGGUUGUCUGAGUCGCUUGAAAGUGUCUGGUUGCCGGAAUAGUCACCUCUCGAUUUAUUAAAUCCCUUUUUACUUUGCACUAACUAGUUUUCAGUUUUUUUGAUUUAAUUAAUAAUAAAGAAUAAUUGCUAUAUUCAUAGAAUUGAGUAAAAAUUUAUAGUAUGUUUGAUUUGCUAACGAAAGUGUCUGGUCGGUUGUCCGCCAUUAAAAAAAAUAUAAAGACAGAAUUAAGUGUCAUCUCUUGAUUAAGAAAAUAAAUUAUCUGGUGUGCUAAAUGCAGACGUUUGUAAAAUUUUAUCUUUACAAAAUAAAUCAGCCAGACAUCAAUUCUAAAUUCAUAUUCAGUAGAAAAGUGGUACUUAUAGAAAAUUGCUAAGCAGCUCUACCAUCAGAGUCAAAUAAAUCAAAUUUUUAUAAAUUAUGAAUAACCAGGAAUGACAUUCAGUAUAAUUUUUUUUAUUUCAUCCCACUGAGAAAGUGCUACCUACCAAUAUCCUAAAGAAUAAUCAUAAUUGGAUAUUUUCAAUAUGAAAAGUGACGGGAGAAUAACGGUAUUGAAUCGGUAUGGACGUUAUAACGUUAUGGUUAUUUGACAACGUAACGUUAUCGGUAUCGGUUUCUUUAAAAGUUUAGUUUAGGUAAAGUUGAAUUUCUAUAAAUUAUUUUACUAAAAUUAAGAAUAGUCGAGUUAACAACGUAGUAACUAGCAGGGUCAGUCUUAAUACGUGUUUUCUCGUAGAGUUUUGUAAUAAUGUUUUAAUCGUAAUCGUAAAUAUCACGAAUAGACAUUUUUGGAUGCGUUUAUUUCUACAACACAUUUGCCACAUCCAUUUCAACAUUUUCUUCUUUCAUGACCAUGACUUGCUAGUGCUGUGCAUCAAAAAGUUUUUAUAUUUUUCGUUAUAAAAAAAUAACAUUAAAAAAUAUUAGUAUUGUUUAACUGCACGGCACUUCAUUGCUAUGACCUAAAUCUUUCAAAUCUUCAAGAGUUACAUGUUUUAAAACAUUGUAAUUCAGUUAUAAAAUUUUAUUUAAUACCCAAAUCCUGUCAUAAAUGAUAACUAAUUUCUAAAUAACAAUUGAAACCUUAAAACCUUGUUUUAAAGCGUGUAGCCCUUACAAUGAAUUAUUUUUAUUAUUACAGUAAAAUUCUUCUUUUCAAACGCUUGUAAUGAUAAAAAUAAUUAAUCUACUUGUCACGCUGUCUACAUAAAAAUGACGUUUUUAGUGUUGAAGAGUCAAUGUUAAAUUAUGGUUAGAAUUAUGUAUUUAAUAUUAUUGUUAUUGUAGAUAAUAAAAUAUGAAAAGUCGUUCGUAUCGCACAAAAUGAGUAGAUGUCAUGUUGACGUUUUUAAAAAUAGAAAUAUCUAUUAGAACGUCAGUAUCAUUGUGUAAUAUUUUUGCUCGGUUGCUCAAAAUGUAUUAUUUCACAAAACUACUAAAAUAACAUCUUAAAACUGCCAAAAAAUUAUGCAAAUGCAGUUCUAUUUAGAAGGGCUGAGCCACUAUUCAAUAUGCCAUCAUGUAUUAUCAUUCAUCUUUAAUAAGUUUACUAUAGCGAGAAAUAUUGCUUACAUGGUUAAUUAGGAAGGUACUUAUUUAACAUCAAUUAUGAUUAUUCUUCCUUAAAGUCCUUCCUUAAAUUAAAGGCUUUUCGUAAAGAUACAGAUCUCAAUUGAAACAAUAAUAUCAGGUCAUGAAUUAAACCACCUUAAGUAAAUAAGUGCAGUAGUAAAUAUCUAAAUAAUUCCUACUGUCAAUGAAUUUUGACUUGCAAAGGCAAAGCAUAAAGCAAUCCUUCUCGCUCUUGUAAAUUAUAUUUCUAUAUGAUAGAAAGAGACAGAAUGACAGGAAAAUUCUAAUGUGGCUGUAGAGAACUAGUCGCCCCUUUUAUACUGUAAUUCAUGUAGAACUUUUGUAACAGAAAAUGUAUGACAUUUUUAUUUAUAGUUUACAUUAGUUUUAAAACGGUCAUUCAUUAGUUAAAUUAGUAUCAUAGAAAACAACCGUUAGUAUGUGAUGUUUAUUUCUUUUUAACAAUUAAUGUUUGUAAAUAAAAUCAAAAAACAGUACGUAAGUACUAAGUAUCGUUAAACGAUGUGAUAACGAAAAAUAUCCGAAACGAUAUCCAAAUAACGGUUAUUCAAAAAUAACUGUUACGUUACUGUUAUUUGCAAGUAAUCAAUUAGCGACCAAAAUUAAAUCGUUUUUCAGUUAUUAUUGAAUAUUUAUAAUAGUGAGAUAUUUAAGCUUGUUGUUAAUCAUUCCAUUUAGUUAACAUUAAUGUUGAUAAAGAUCAUUAUUGUAUACAUUUGUAAAAGUUUUAUAGUGUUGUACCCGGUGAUGCGGAGGUUUUUCUUAAUUUAUACCUAAGUUAUUUCUACCUUAUACAGGGUUACUUGUAAAACACCAGCAACCUCGCAGGACAA